AUUUUUAUCACUUCACAACCAAACGACCUUCAUACUAUUAUGUAAUUGAAGUAAUGAAAAGUAAAGUCACAACUAGAGAGAUAACACCUAUAUUGCCAAGUGGAGAGCAGCGUGCUCAGAACAAUAUUAUCCACAUUUAGUAGCACAAGAUUUGAGCAGAUUAAUUAAACUUUAUACGCAGAAUAUGGACCGUUGGAGAGGAAAAACAGCGAUAGUGACAGGUGCUGCUUCCGGUAUGGGUGCUGCAAUAACGCAAGCUCUUUUAUCGAAGGGAAUAAACGUAGUUGGUUUGGACAUACAAAAAGAACGUUUAGAAAAAACCGCCAAUGAAACGAAUAAAAACAAAAAUUUUGGCAAAUUACAUCCAAUUCGAUGUGAUUUAACUCAAUAUGAUGAUAUUCAAAAAGCUUUUAAAUUUGCCGAUGAAAAUAUGGGUGGUGUUGACAUAAUGGUGAACAAUGCGGGAAUUUGCAAUUAUUCACGAAUAAUCGAUAGUGACAGACAAACCUUCGAACGUUUAUUGAAUAUCGACGUUCUUGCAAUGGCAACUUGCAUUAAAAAGGCUGUUGCUUCAAUGAAGGCUAGAAAAGUCGAGGGACAUAUUUUCAACAUAAACAGUGCGUUAGGUCACAUAAUUCCUGAGAGUGGACUUAGUGAAAAAGAAGGAUGCAAUGGUUGGAAUUUAUACCCGGCUUGCAAGCAUGCAACUGUUGCAAUGACAGAAUGUGUUCGUAAUGAAAUAAAAGCAGCUAAACUUCCAAUUCGAAUAACUGGCAUUUGUCCAGGAUUAGUCAAAACAGAAAUGGGCCUAAACAUUCCAGAAGUUAAAGAAUUUGUCGAAUCCCUUCCUCGUAUUUUACCAGAAGAUAUUGCGGAUGCUUUAAUGUAUGCUCUUGGCACUAGACACGAAGUACAGGUUUCAGAAAUGUCAAUUCAAAGGACGGGAAACAAUUAAAAAUGAAAUAAAAUUUUCCAAUAUGUGAAUAAUAUUGUCAAUAUACGAAAUUUUCAACUUCUAAUUUUUUAGACAAAUAAAUAUUUCGACGAAA